GGGACGAGAGACUUCUGUUCAAGCUGGGAGAAGCGCAGAGGAAACUUCUCCUGCAGCUUGGCUUCUCGCUCACUCACUCACUCACUCACUCUUAUUUUGGACUUUAUUCUGAUUUCUGCUUUGCCUGGUUCGGAAUGUAUGUUUGGUGACCUUAAAACAUAAAUCAGCUCUCGAAAAGCUCCCGAUUGCCUGAUCUUGGGGUGGGAAGGAGAACGAGGAUGAUGAGGCUAUCGAUCCUCCUUCUGUUGUUUGUGGCCGUUCACAUACAGGGCCAGACUCCCUGCAUACAAAUACCUGAAUGCCCAAUCCACUUGUACUUUGUCAUCGACACAUCUGAGACCAUAGCUCUGCAGGAGAACCCACCUGGCAGCUUGGUAGAAAGCAUCAAAAAGUUCACCGCUGCUUUUGCGAAGAAACUAGAAAACGUUAAAUACAAAGAUUUAGUCCAGAUGAGCUGGUCUGUAGGAGGCCUUCACUUCUCUCAGCGGCAGGAGAUCAUCAGUGCCAUCACCGGUAAAGAUGAAUUUAUCUCUAAGCUGAUGAAAAUAAAUUACCUGGGCAAGGGCACGUACAUUGACUGUGCCAUCACCAACAUGACCCAGCAACUGGUCCGCUUCCCAUCCAAACCCAAUGCCAAACGCUUCGCGGUGGUCAUCACCGAUGGUCAUGUGACCGGAAACCCAUGUGGUGGCAUCAAGGUGGCGGCAGAACGAGCACGUGAUGAAUUCAUUAGGAUCUUCUCUGUGGCAUCAUCCAGGAACCUAGAGGAGACGGGACUCAGGGAGAUCGCUAACUCACCUGCUGGAGUUUUUCGUAACAAAUACAUGGCGGUUGAUCUCACGGGAGUGCGGCCACUCAUAGUGCAAUCAACAAUCGAUCGCAUUUAUGACACGAUGCUUCAUCUGGCUUAUGAAGAGUGCUACUCUACGAAAUGUCUGGAGACUCCAGGACCUCCGGGUCCACCGGGAAUCAGGGGACAGAAAGGAGCUAAAGGAGAUAAUGGCGACCCCGGUCUCAAAGGUCAGAGAGGACGUCCUGGAGAUCCAGGUAUUGAGGGACCCAUUGGACAUCCUGGACCUAAAGGAGAGCCUGGUUUCAAAGGUGAAAAGGGAGAAAUUGGAGCACAAGGGAAGAAGGGUGUUGCAGGAAUAGCGGGCCGUAACGGAACAGAUGGGCAGAAGGGAAAAAUUGGAAGGAUCGGCGCUCCUGGCUGCAAAGGUGACCCUGGAGACAAGGGCCCUGAUGGCUAUCCUGGAGAUGUUGGAGAACCUGGUCCACUAGGGUCUCCGGGAGAAAAGGGUGAUCCAGGUCGUCCAGGAAGACCAGGUCCACUUGGGAUAGCUGGAGAUCCUGGACCCAAAGGAGAAAGAGGAAGUCCCGGAUCACCUGGUAUUCCUGGCCAGAAAGGAUCUGCUGGUACAGCUGGAGGACCCGGACCUAAAGGAGACCCUGGAAGACGAGGAGACUUUGGGCCUAAAGGCAGCACCGGAAAUAAUGGGCCAAAAGGAGAAAAGGGUGAACCAGGUCCUGAGGGACCCAGGGGUCUUUCGGGUGAAGUUGGCAACAAAGGAUCCAAGGGCGAUAAUGGACUUCCAGGACCAAGAGGCCCACCAGGAGCUCCUGGAGAACCAGGCAGAAAUGGUUCCCAAGGUGACUCAGGGGAUUCUGGCCCUAGAGGUGAUCCUGGCCCUCCAGGACCAAAGGGUGAUUCUGGCAGACCUGGAUUCAGCUAUCCUGGACCAAGGGGACCUACGGGUGACAGGGGUGAUAAAGGUUCACCUGGACCAAGGGGAAGUAGGGGAGACUGUGGACCAAAGGGCGACCUAGGUCCAAAGGGAACUCCUGGAGAGUCGGGAGAGCCCGGGCCUCCAGGAGAACCUGGACCAAGAGGACCUAGAGGAGACUCAGGAAGAGAUGGUGACCCUGGAUCAGAGGGAGACCCUGGCCUUACUGAAUGUGACGUCAUGAACUACAUCAGAGAGACCUGUGGAUGCUGUGACUGUGAAAAGAGAUGUGGUGCGCUGGAUAUUGUGUUUGUGAUUGACAGCUCUGAAAGUGUGGGGUUGACCAACUUCACCCUGGAGAAGAACUUCGUUAUCAACACCAUCAACAGACUGGGCUCAAUAGCAAAAGAUCCCAGUUCUGAAACAGGGACUCGAGUCGGCGUCGUCCAGUACAGUCACAAUGGAACAUUCCAGGCCAUUCGCCUCAACGACUCUAAGAUCGACUCAAUGUCCGCCUUCAAAGAUGCCGUGAAGAAGCUUGAGUGGAUCGCUGGAGGAACAUGGACGCCUUCUGCCCUGAAGUUCGCCUACGAUAACUUGAUUCGCGAUAGCCGUCGUGCGAAGGCUAACGUGACAGUGGUUGUGAUCACAGACGGCCGGUACGACCCUCGUGAUGAUGACAAACUGCUCAAUUACCUCUGCGCAGACACCAGCAUCGACGUCAAUGCCAUCGGUAUUGGUGACAUGUUCGACCAGCCGGAGGAGAACGAAAGCCUUAAGUCCAUUGCUUGCAGAAAAGAUGGAAGAGUCAUGGGAAUGAGGCGAUUCGCUGAUCUGGUCGCGGAGGAUUUCAUCGAUAGGAUCGAGACUGUACUUUGUCCAGAUCCAGUGAUAGUUUGCCCUGAUCUUCCAUGUAAAAGUGAGCCAGCUGUAGCCAACUGCAUCCAGCGGCCUGUUGAUCUCAUCUUCAUGCUGGAUGGCUCAGAGCGCAUGGGUCAGGAGAAUUUCCGUUAUGCUCGUGAGUUCGUGGAGAACGUCGCCAACCGCCUGACCCUCGCCCAGGGAGACAGCGAUGAACGCAAUGCCAGGGUGGCUCUUCUGCAGUAUGGCGACGAAAACCAACAUCAGCUGGGCUCCAAACUCACCACCAACUUCACCCUCAUCGCUGACUCCCUGGCCAACUUGAGGUACCUGGAUUCUACUUCCAAUGUGGGCAGCGGCAUUAUCUACGCCAUCAACAACAUCGUCACGAGCAGAGGCACACGAUUGGCUAGACGAAAUGCCGAGCUGGCGUUCGUCUUCAUCACCGACGGGGUGACCAGCAACAAGAACCUGGAGGAAGGCAUUAGCGCCAUGCGCAGGGCAGAGGGCGUUCCCACGGUGGUUGCCAUGGGCAGCGACGUUGACAAGGAAAUCCUAGCGAAACUCUCGCUGGGAGACCAGACGGCCAUUUUCAGGGGUCAGGAUUUUGCUAGUCUGAACAAAGCCAGCUUUUUUGAGAGAUUCGUUCGGUGGAUCUGUUGAGGGGUCUGUUUUUCUUUUAGUUUUUUUGGGGGGAGUGGUGUGUCAAAAGGUUCAGCACAAUGGUUAGAAUAGAACUGAUGCAUUUUAUUACACUAAAUCUAUGCAAUUUAUGCACAUAUAUUGUGGUAAAAAAGGUUUGUUAUGACUUUUUAGGAUAACCUGCAACUCUUUCAUUGGAUUUAAUUCAAUGAUUUCACCAGUGGGAAUGGGCUUUGGGUAGAAGAAGACACUGCAGUAAACCAAGAGGCCAAGUUAUUAGUAACACUCCAAAGAAUAUGUACUGAAUGUGUAUUUUGACAAAGUUGCAACUGUAGUUUUUCUCUGUAUUUUUAUUCCGAAAAGCCUCUAGCUGAUUUUUUUUAUAUAUAUUCUUAUACACAAGGUGCUAAACCAGAGUAAGACUGGAGUUUUUCCUGCAUAUCAUUAUCAGAUGCACAUUAGUAAAAAGUGCACUAAUUCAGGGGUUCAAGAAUUCAAGAAAAAGCACACGGGCCACAUUCAUUGUGUAUCAUAUAAGAUUAAAAUUAUGCCUAAAAACGUUCGAUUUAAAUUGACUUAAAAAUGGCCUGCAGUAGCUGAAAUAAAUCUAUGCCACCUUCCACAGCACAUUUACUCUUAAACCAACACAUGCUUAGAAAUUAAAAUUCAAUCAAAAAUUAUUUACAGUGAAGUAUAGAAGCUUCUUCACCUACACUUUAAUGUACAGGAUAAUUAUGAGACAGUUAUGACCACAAUCAGUCUCUUACUUCUAAGAAUCAAAAAGGUACAUUGAAUAUUUCACAUGCUGUUGGACACUUGAAUGAAGAUUUCCAUAGUUGCUGUCAAAAUAAAUUUUUACAAUAAAUCAAGCUGUGUUAACACAA